UCGGGGCGGCGCAGAGGAGCGGGCGGGCGAUGGGAGACGCCGCUCCGGCGGGCUAGCGGGGCGGAGGCGGGGGCACCCCCGGGGCCGGCCCGCCCGGGGCUCGCCGCGGGCCCGCACCGAUGCUGGUGCACGGCUACGCGGGCAUGGACCGCGCCGAGGGGCUGCCCGGGGCGCCGGCCGGGGGUCGCCUGCCGCAGCUGCCCGCGCUCAGCCAGGCGCCCUACGGCUCGGCGCCGCCGCUCUGCCACACGCCCGCCGCCGACUUCCAGCCGCCCUACUUCCCCCCGCCGUACCCGCAGCCGCCGCUGCCCUACGCGCAGGGCCAGGAGCCCGGCUACGCGCCGCUGCCCGACCCCUACGGCGCGCUCAGCCCGCUGCACCAGCACCCGCAGCCCGCCUGGCCCCCGCAGCGCGCCCGCCCCGACGACGCGCCGCUGCUCUCGCAGACGCACCGCGCCCUGGGGCUCGACCCGCGCCGCGACUACCCCGCCGUGCCCCGGCUGCUGCACGGGCUGCCCGACGGCGGCCACGGCCUCGCCGACGGCCCGCUGGGCCUCCACGGCCUCGGCCACCACGGCCUCGAGGACAUCCAGGCCGUGGACGACGGCGGGAUGAACCUGCUCGAUCAGUCCGUGAUCAAGAAAGGCUGGCUCAGGUGCUCCGAUCACCUGCUGCUUGCGGGAACAGGAAAGCAGCAACUGAAGAUCGAGGGGGACUUUUGGUUUGCUCAGAUGACAAGAGACAAUUUUGGUUCCCCAAAAGCCAAGGAAACAAAGCUGUCAGGCUUUAAUGGUAGCUUGUCUCCCUCCUGCAGCAUGUUUAUGGGCAAACAAGCUGCAGAUCAGACCAGGCAAACAGCAGUGCCCAUCCCCUCCAAGGCCAAUGGCACCACCAUUUCCACCCUGUCAAUGAACAAAGAUGGUCUGAUUGGAGGGGUGACAAAUCCCAACGAGGUCUUCUGCUCUGUGCCUGGCCGCCUCUCUCUUCUCAGCUCCACCUCCAAGUACAAGGUGACGGUCGGGGAGGUGCAGAGAAGGCUUUCUCCCCCCGAGUGUCUCAACGCCUCUCUCCUCGGCGGGGUCCUCCGGAGAGCAAAAUCAAAAAAUGGGGGCCGGUGUUUAAGGGAAAGGUUAGAGAAAAUAGGACUAAAUCUACCUGCAGGAAGGCGUAAAGCUGCAAAUGUCACCUUGCUGACAUCCCUAGUGGAAGGUGAAGCUGUUCACCUCGCUCGGGACUUUGGCUACGUGUGCGAAACGGAGUUCCCAGCCAAGGCAGCAGCAGAGUACCUGUGCCGGCAGCACUCCAACCCCACCGAGCUUCACACCAGGAAAAACAUGCUGCUGGCUACCAAGCAAAUCUGUAAAGAGUUUGCAGAUUUGAUAGCCCAGGACCGCUCACCGCUUGGGAACAGCCGCCCCUCACUCAUCUUAGAGCCUGGCGUCCAGAGCUGUUUGACUCAUUUCAGCUUGAUAACCCACGGCUUUGGGGGCCCAGCUAUCUGUGCAGCACUCACGGCCUUCCAGAACUACCUGGUGGAGUCCCUUAAGGGGCUGGAUAAAAUGUUCAUGAACAGCACAGGGAACGGGCACACGGCUGGAGACUCCAAAGCAUCAGAAAAGGAAGUGAAGCAUCGGAAAUAACAUGCUGCCUGCUGCCCUCUCCCCAGCGAGGGAGCUUUUCCCAGGUGCUGUAGGAAGGCUUAUCGGCACCGGGGAAAAAGAAGACCCAAUGCACCGUUUUCUGAACUGUUGCAUUCAAACUUGGGAUGAAACUCAAAGCAAACAAAAGGGGGGGGAUUUAAAAAACUUAAGAAGAAAACAACUCUAAUGGACACAGUGAGAUUCAGAAAAAAAGCCAGCUUAAUGGCUUUCAGGUUUUGCCUUUUUUUUUUUUUUUUUUUAACAUGGAUGCAGGAAGCCAAGUUAUGUGCAAUUUUAUUUUGUUUUUGUUUUGUUUUAACCCAUAAUGAAAUCCUGACAUGUUCCAGGAACUUGUUCCAACUGAAAAACUGAGCAGAAAGAGCAAAGGCCUCAGCAACAGAAGAACCAGAGGCACAAGUAGCAGAGGGGGAGGGAGCUGGGUCACUGGCCAUACCUGGUUGUAUCACCUGUUUUUGACAGGCAAACACCCAGGAAACCUUCCUAUUUCACCAUCUACAGCCCAGUCCUAAAGCCAGGCCAAGAGAAAACUGCCAGAACUGCCUCGGAUGUCAAGCAGUUUCAGGACUUUGUUUACAGUUUUCAACAAACUGAGACUCAUGGUGGAUUUUCCCCGGGGUGGUGGAGCCCUAAGCUGUACCACAACAGAAGGAACAAACCUCACGCCCGGAUCGUUCCCAGGGCAGGAACCGAUCAAGGAGAACCUUCCCGAGGUUAUGUUCACAGCAGGGGGGAAUCAAGCAAGUUAAGUUAUACCCAGGAGUAAUUAAAACUCCAUGACCUAUAAGUAACAGCACACAAGUUUCUAAAAAUAAUAAUAAUAAAGCACAAGGAGCAGAACUUAAACCAGGCCAAACUGAACUGUUCCAAAUCUGUAUAUAUUUAUUUAUGUGUAAUUAAAUCUGAAAGUUUUAAAAUGUCCCGUGCAAGUUAUUUAUAUCAAAUUGAGUUGGGUUUUUUUUUUUUUUUUUUUGAGAGAUGAAAAGUCUUUGCAUUUUCUGCCAUUAGAAAUGGGAAUGAAGUUUUGGAUACACAAAACUGUAGCAUGGACAAAAUAGGCUGUGAUGAUAAUGACUAUAGAAGUUCUGCAGGAUUUUGUACUUGCUGUUGUUUCUCUUAAUGCUGCAAUAGAUGUACAACACCCACACCACAAUGUCAUUCUCAUUAUCUUAAUAAACCUCUUUCUAUUUGAAGAAAACA